GGACCAGCACAAGGCAUUGGAGAGGCCGGAGGAGACACCAUUGAGGCACAAGAAGCGUGGUGUCACCAAAGUGCUGGAUGCAGGGGAGGAUGAGGGCAAGAUGGAUAGCCCUGAGCAUGUAACCUCAGGAAAGCGACAGCGGAAGAGGAGUAAGUACCUGUUGCCACCAUACACCAGCUUGGUUGUGGUUGACAAGAUUGCCCUCAAACCGGUUGAUCUGCCAAGGGCAUUGGUGACCGAAGCUGCUGAAGAUGGCAGCGAUAUGUCGCCAUUGCCAGACAGCAUUGUUGUGGAAGAUGUCUUGCUGCUGGUGCGAAGAUUAGGGGAGGUUCCCAGGCAUAAGGACGACUUUCCAAAGGACGCUGAGGGAUUUCUCUGUUUGUUUAGAAGCACAACAUUUGUUCACGGUGCUGACUAUGAGUCUUGUAAGGCAUAUGAAUGUCCACUCGUGCGUGGCUCUGGAAAAGUUGGCAUGGAAAUUGUUGUCGCUCUAGCCUCUGAUUCACAUGCUUUUCUGAAUCAAGGCAGUUGUGUGUUGAAGAGGACCAGGAAAAAAGAUGAAGCUGUGAGUGGUAGCCCUUCCAUCAAGAAGAAGCGGGAGAAGACCUCUCUUGCCAGCGCUGAUAUACCAAUCGCUCCUGCUAUUCCUAUUAGGCAGUUGAAAGCAGAAGAUAUGAGAACCCUCAUGAAGGCUGAAAGUGGUCUAAGGGGUAUAGGAUUAGGAGUUAAGAAUAAUAAGGGCAAACCUUCACCUUUGAAAGUUCCUAUUUCAGCUGCGGAUCCUGGAGCAGUGGAAUUAGGACACGAACAUGCCCAAGCAAAUGUUCUGGCUGUGUGCAAUACGUUCCCUGAACAGCCCGCAAAAGAAAACGAUGCUACUAACUUGGAAGCAACAAGGUCAGAAAUGAAUAUGCAAAAUGGUACUGUAGAUGUGCCUAUCAGAAGUGUUCAGACAGAAGCAAUGAAAUUGCAAGCUAAUAAUCCCAUAGAUGUGAAUGCACAAAGCGUUGCUGUAGAUGUCCCUGUAGGAAGUGUUUCUAAGGAAGCAACAGAGCCAGAAACUAGUGUACACAAGGACAAGAAUGUGCAAAGCGAUGUUUCAGGUGUAUCUGACAGAAUUGUUUCUAAGGAACCAACAGAGUCGGAAACUGACGAUCACAUAAACGAGAAUGUGCAGAGUGUCGCUGCAGAUAUGUCUUCCAGAAGUGUUUCAAAGGAAGCAGCAAUGACCGAUGCUGAUAUUGGCAUACAUGAAAAUACGCAAAGUGCUGCAGAUUUGCCUGACAGCAGUGGGCCGUCUCCUAUGCAUGAAGACAUGUCUCAGCCUGUGGAUGGACAUAAGGAGCCUGGGAGUGUAGAAGUCUGCAUAGUCCAGCAAUCUUACGCUUCUCUGGAAGCUAUGGUGCCAGAAAUGCUUAAGAAAGCUAACGCUAAUGGCGCAGGCACAAUCGGUGUGAAUUAUACACUCAAAGACGAGUUUCAAAAGGAUGGACAACCUGUCGAGAAAGUGAAGCUACCAGCAGAAGUGGCGAACCAUUCCUGUGGUGGAGGUACCAAUGGCACUUGGCUGGACCCUGCUAACCUUACACCUAAGAAAAGGAAGAAAGUCGCGCAGCACUUCAGCAAUCCAGCAGCCGUCAUAGUGGAAUUCGCACCCGGUGCCACUGUUCCGUCCAGACAGGAGCUGCUCUCCACAUUCGGCAAGUACGGCGACUUGAUCGAGUCUCAGACCGAUAUUUCGGAAACUACCCGCAGCGCCUCUGUCGUGUAUGGGAAAAGCGUUGAGGCCGAGGAGGCGUACAGGAACGGUUGCCAGUACCUUCUUGGUCAGUUUGGGCCUCCGUUCGCUACGCUAAGGCUUGAUUUCUCCCCAAUCGUGCCUUCACCGUCUCCUCCCGCUUCGAAACCUCCGCUCCGAGAUAUUCGGAAGAACCUCGAGGACAUGAUUUCGUCCCGGCGCUCGGCUUUGAACAAGGCGACCUCGUCGGCAGACGCCCAGCUGGACCCUGUUCCAGAUAAGCUUCUGGGGGAGAUGCAGGGGCUGUUGGCAAAAGUCGACAGGAUGCUUACCAGGCCUCAUGCUAAUGCUCCUUAGCCCUGCCAAUCUGGAGGGUUGUGGCUGUAACCUAUUCGGUAGUUAGGCAACUUUGGUGUCUGCUCUGUUAGCUGUGAAUGGCGGGGCUUGUUUUGUGGCUGCUUCGUGUACUAUAUAUAUGCCAAUAAGGUCGCAGCUUCUUUUCGUGCCCCUGAUUUUGAUGUUAUGUUAGUAGUAUGGCAUUGCCAUUUUGUCAGAGCUGUUGGAGUUUGCACCGGAACCCUAAAGUGCACUUGUGCUGUAGUGCUUGAAAC